CGCAAUCUACCCGUCUCUACGCCUCCAAAUCAAAAGGCGGGAAAGGGAAAGAAAAAGACACGAAAGCCAAGAAAAACGUAGAACGUUCGGUCAAAUCUGGUCUAGCAGAGAGAGACAAAUCCUGGGGCGGUCAUAGUACCAAUACCGAUGGACUCGUCCCUGGCUCCCAGCAAGUGCUCUCGGGUGAGGCACAAGCUGAGUAUGACCACGCGAAUGGAAAGAUGAAGAGUGCGAUCGACUGGUUCCGACGCGAGGUAGCAUCGAAAGAGAUACAAGGGAGUGGACGCGUUACGCCGGAUAUACUUAAGCCUGUACGCGUCUCUCUUCCCGGUAUGCCGGAAGGCGAGACGUCUGGCCUAACAGAAUUGGCAACUGUUGGUGUUCGCGAGGGUACGACGCUUAUCGUGACCGUGUUUGCAGAAGAUACGCUCAAACAUGUCGAGAAAGCGAUCUACGCCGCACGUAUUCCUCAUGUUGUGCCGCAAAGAAUGGAUAACCGGACUAUUAAAAUUCCAAUGCCGAAGCCAACAGUCGAAGCACGCGCAGAACUUGUCAAGUCCGCUACGAAACUCGCCGAAGAUACUCGCGUGCAACUACGUCGCGUCGAACAAACAAGUGUAAAGAAAGGAAACUACAAGAAACACUCAAUAGCAAUAGAUGAGUUCCAUGAGCUCCUUCAGAGGCAUUUAAAAGAGGCAGAUUCAAUACUCGCUGAUAUGAAGAAGAAUCUGGGCGUCAAAUAAGCAACAGCUCGGUUACAUCUAUUUACUUUCGUAUGUCUGACACGACAUAGGCCGACGUUGGCCAACACACUAGAUCGGAAUAGUGAGCAUUAACAGUACCGCAUUUUUAUGACUUUCUUUUCUUCGCUUUUGCGUAUUCAAUUUUGUGAUCGAAUUGCCUAAUCAAAAACUUGCUCAGAUUCUUCCUAAGCGGCAAUUAUAUGCACUACCAUAUGGCCUAGAAAGCACGCUCAGUAAGAAAGGACCUAAACCAAAGGAUCCUGAUGUUGCUAUUUAGUAUAUGUUACACGCGAACGAUUUAUUUUCUGCAGACUAAACAAAGUACUUCACUCUGAUUCCUGAGGUCACUGGCGAACGCAUUUCACGAUCAGGUCCAAGAAACCCUUGGGGUCGUCCCAAUGUAUCUGCC